GACGGAUAACCGAAAUACCGAAAAAACCGCGGUUCAUAGCCUUCGGAUCGGUUUUCGGAUCACGGCCCUACUUUCGGAUCAGCUUUUCGGACCGUUUUCGGAUUAAUAUUUCAUUGGUCAAGUAUCAAUAAAACAGUUAAAAACACUGUUUUACAGCAACAUUUUUGAUAUUCCUAGUCCCUUGUCUGUCUUGUCUGUUGCUAGCUUACUCGUUUACUAGAUUCGUUUCGUAUCCGCGUAUUCGUAUCCCUCGGUAAUCAAUCAUGUGGUCCCUGGUACUAUAUUCUUUAGUCGUGUAUUCUAAAUAAUAUGUAUUGUUCAUGAAAUACUAUAACAUAAAAUUCCAUCUAUAAAAUAUUGUUAUAACGUGGCAUAAUUGAUACAAAUCAUGUCAAUCAAUACAAAUCCUUAAAAUGAAUGAACCGAACCGAAAAAACCGAACCGACGGCUGAUGAUCCGAAAAACCGAACCGAACCGAAACGAACCGUCCCAUCCCUAAUGUGAACAGUACUAUAACUAUAGGGCACUGUCUACAGCUUAUCCAUGAAUAUGUUACUUCAACGAUUGGAAAAUGAUCACAGCAUACAUUAUAAUUAACAUUGCAUUAUACUUGAACAUGUAAAUUGGAUACCUCAAGGACUAACAAAUAACAAAGUGUCAAAUAUUAAACAGCUGGAAUAUUUACUGCACUUUUAGUAUUAUAGUAAACAAAAAUUCACCAGAUACACCAUUAUUGAAAAAUGGGCAGUGGUGAAAGACGACGUGGACGUCCUCGUCAACUUAAUCUUACUACCAAAGGAAAAUUAUCAAUCUUGUUAUUAAUUUUUGGGAGUAUAGUUUGUUUCAUAGGCAUUAUGUUUACAUCAGUGCUUUGUAACUUCUCAAAAAUGAACCCAUUUUGUAUUAUUGGACCAAUACUAUUAGGAAUAGGGGGUUGCCUAGCAAUUGGUGGAAUAAUCAUACGUAUCGUCUACAAAAAUGAUCUUGAAGUAAAGAAUACAACUGUGACCCCCCACCUUCAGGUACAAGUGCCAACCAAUCAACUCCGAAUGCCAACAAAUCAACUGCAAAUGCCAAGCAAUCAACUGCAAAUGCCAAAUUAUCAACAGCAAAUGCCAAAUAAUCAACUACAAGAGCCAGAACCAACUAUUACUCUAGCAUCCGAUGUCUAUGACAAAUACUAG